AUGUCGACGACUCUUGUUCCACCAUUUCAAAAUGUUUACACUACAUUACAACAAACACUUAUCAGCCGGUUAUCAACUCUCAACGGUGAUUCUUUACCAACGGAUGAACCUACUCUUACAUCAAUUACAUCCAUGUUCUAUUGCGAAGUUGAGAAAUUGGUCAAAAAUCUUGAUUUGACACUUCUCGCGAGUAAUAAUAUUCGUAUUAAAGUUGAUCAGAAAUUAGCGAGUAUUAUGAACGAAAUCAAAGCGAAAGAAAACGAAAUCGCACGUAUGAAUGGUCAAAUUCAAGAUGUGAAUGGAAAGAUUCAAGCGAAACAAUCACAAAUUAGUACAGCUGAACAAUCAGUUCGACAAGCGGAAAAUUCUGUCAAUGAAGCACAGAAUGCUUUACAACGCGCAGAAAAAGAAGUUGAAGAAGCGCAAAAAUGCUCAGGAUUAUUCGGACGACGAAAACGAUUUCUCGGUAACAUUUGGAAUUCCAUUCAAUCAGUGGUUAAUGAUGCUGGUAACGCCAUCAGCUCAGCAGUUAACCAAGCUGGCAAUGCCAUUGGUUCGGUAGUCAAUCAAGCGGGCGGGGCGAUUGAAUCAGCUGCAAAUACAGUUGGUAAUGCUAUCGUUGAUAACGUCGUUAAGCCCGUUUGUAGUGUGAUUAAUUUUCAACAAGUUGACAAUGCCCGACGAAACGUUGAAAACAAAAGAAAUGAAUUGGUAAACUAUCGAAGUCAAGUUCAAUCAUUGAAGAACGACUUAAAUUCCAUGCAAAAUGAUUUAGUUGUUUACAGUGCUCAACUAUAUAAUUUAAAUUACCAAUUAACUCAACUACAAAACUCCUUAGUUGCCCUACCAAAUGAACAACACAUUAUUUUAUCCAUCAAUCAAAAACUCUCGAGUGUUGCAAGUACAGUGCAAUUGGCAUUGAACAAUGCCGGAUCUUUUCCCAAUGGUCUGAUGACAAUGAUCGAUUUCGAUUCGAUCGUCAAGCCAUUGAAUGCUGUUUACGAUGAAUUACAACAAAACCAAUUCAUGACAUCAUUUAGUAUCGCCAAACUAUCCGGUCAAGAAGUCAAUCAAGCAAAAACAGGUCUACAAGUAUUGAUUGACUCAAUGCUCAACUUCCCAUUCAAUGCCAACAAUGCUCGUUGUUCAAAAUGA